CAGUACCAUCAACAGAAACCAUAGAAAUAAUAACAGCAUCAUAAGAACCAGAAAAUAGAUGAAACGCAAUAACGAUAACCAGUAAAUAAGGUCCGGUGCUAUGAAAAACGGAAGAAUAGUGUGAGCACAACAUUAACCACUAGCUAGCAGUCUAAGACAAAUCCAAUCAGACUAUCCUCACAUCCGGUACGAAGUAGAAAAAUGCCCAACUACCUCCUAACCUACAACCCUAAUGCUCGACCUUCACAUCUAGAAAAGUUGUAUUGAAAUUUAUACCUUCAUGUUGCACCCAAGAAUCAAGUCCAAUAGUUAACGAAACGAAUUGAAAACCAUGAAAUCUCAUGUUUGAAUCUCAUUUCUUCCCAUUUAAAGUCUUGGACAAAGUUAUAUGAAAUUAAUUGAAAUACAAGCAAGUUGGUCCUGACAGCACCAUUAUAAAAUAAACUUUCAUACCUUCAUGUCCAUUUUUUCGACUUUACAUUUUGUGCGACACUUGGUACUAUUAUGGCUUCAUAAUCUAACUAAAUCCCUACUAAUACUCUCGUUAACAUGUACAAGAGGGGCAAUUACGAAGAAAAAUUGUGUCCAAAUUUCUGCACAAAACCAUCCUUUCAAUUCCAUCAACCAAUGCAAGAUUCCCCACAUUUGUCUCCUUCCAUAAUUAAUACUAUCCCGGCUCAGUUCUGUUAUUUUCCUCCUCACUGAACCGGUCCAUGUUACUAGGUUCAACCAAAUGUAAUUGCAUUUUUGGCUCCCAUUCCAUUUUUUUUUUCUCUGAAAAUUCAGAGCUAGUUUUUCCCCAUGAGAUCUAUUGGUUUGAAGGGGGAAAUUAAUUAAGAGAAACAAUUUAUUUAUAAUAAUAACAAUAUUAAGAAGAAGAGAAAAUGGCAGGAGGAGCCGAUCCUGGUGCAAGGGAGUUGGAUCAAACACCCACAUGGGCUGUGGCUUUGGUCUGUGCAGUUAUUGUUCUUAUUUCCAUUUUAUUGGAAAAGGUUCUUCAUGCUGUUGGAGAGACAUUUGAGAGAAGACGAAAGAGUGCAUUGGUGGAAGCAUUGGAGAAGAUUAAGGGUGAGCUUAUGGUUCUGGGUUUUAUAUCGUUGCUUCUGACGUUUGGACAAAACUACAUUUCCAAAAUAUGCAUACCUGUAAAGGUUGCAAACACUAUGUUGCCUUGUCCUGCUCAGCACGGACAUGGUCAUGGUCAUGGUCAUGGUCAUACAGGAGAACAUCAUCGGAGGCUUCUAUGGGAUCAUUUUAGGAUAUUAGCAGCUGAUAGUCCUGCCAGAGCCUGCAAGCCUGGUCACGUUCCACUAAUAUCCCUCAAUGGUUUGCAUCAGCUACACAUCUUCAUAUUCUUUUUGGCCGUGUUCCACGUUAUUUACAGUGCCAUUACUAUGCUUCUUGGAAGAUUAAAGAUUCGAGAGUGGAAAGAAUGGGAAAAGGAAGUUGAGCAUGAUUAUGAAGCAUCCAAUGAUUCCUCAAGAUUCAGGCUUACAAAAGAGACAUCAUUUGUUAGGGAUAAUACCAGUUUUGGGACCACCCCUAUCCUUUUCUACAGUGUGUGCUUUUUUCGGCAAUUUUUUAGGUCAGUUCGGAAAGCUGACUACUUGACCAUGCGCCAUGGUUUCAUCUCGGUCCACUUAGCACCUGGAAGUAAGUUUAAUUUUCAAAAGUACAUAAAAAGAUCUCUAGAAGAUGACUUCAAGAUUGUUGUGGGUAUCAACUCAUUGCUAUGGUUUUCUGCAGUUGUUUAUCUUCUGAUGAAUGUUCAUGGAUGGCAAGCUAUGUUUUGGCUGUCCAUAUUGCCUCUAGUUAUAAUAUUAGCAGUUGGGACAAAGCUUCAAGCAAUUAUAGCUCAGAUGGCUCUUGAAAUUCAAGAAAGACAUGCUGUAGUCCAAGGCAUACCUCUUGUCCAAGUUUCAGACAGACAUUUUUGGUUCGGCAAACCAAAGCUUAUUCUUCAUCUUGUCCAUCUCACCCUCUUUCAGAAUGCUUUCGAGAUCACCUAUUUCCUUUGGAUAUCGUAUGAAUUCGGGCUUCAUUCCUGCUUUCAUGAUAAUUUUUAUCUCGCCUUAUUGCGAGUUGCUAUAGGGUUAGGUGUUCAAAUUUUGUGCAGUUACAUUACACUUCCGCUGUAUGCGCUAGUUACCCAGAUGGGAUCAACUAUGAAAAGAUCUAUAUUUGAUGAUCAAACUUCCAAGGCACUGAUGAAUUGGCAUAAAAAUGCAAAAAAGAAGAAACCUACAAAGCCUGGAACAGUAGAAACACGAAAAUUAGGAAGUCCAGGGGACUCACCUGAAACAUCCCCGAGCACGAAAGGUGGUCAUCAAUCCAGAAUAGAAAUGUCUAACAUAGAGCCAUCGUCCUCUAGUCAGACCGCCAACAUUGUUGCUAGUGUGGACAUUCCAGAGGAAAUACCUCACAACGAUGGCAGGUCACGGUCCACGAACCCUGACCUACUUACAGGUCCUUGAUUGGGACAAUGAGCAGAGAUAACUCAUGUCACAUAAAAAGGAAAGAAAGAAGGGGAAACGUAUAUUAAUGUUGAAAUGCUGUAACUUGAGCCAGAGAUUGGCCGUUACCCUGUUUUUCUGCGCAACAUUGCAGAGAAACUAGCUUUUUUGCCCCAAAUUCCAGUUUGAUGCUCAAUUUUGUAAACUUCAUUUGUACUAUUAUUAAAAGAGAAGUAACAUGUA